UAUAUAGAACAGGAGGAGCCGGCACGGCAGGUGUACAAUUUGGUUGGACAGGUUGUCCAGUUGUUCUGGCAGCCAUGAGGAUAAUACCACUUCUAGUCCUGAUCUUGAUGGUCCUCGAUCCCGAUCAGGUGCUGGCCAGGCGCAAAAAGGGCGGCAAAGACGGGAAAGAUGAGAAGGAUAAGAACAAAGGUCCUUGCGGCAAGGCCUACCUUAGGGAACUAAAUGGCAAGUGCUACUACAUAAGCACCAAAAAGAUCAACUGGUUUGGAGCGCAAAACAACUGCCUGCGAAAGGAGCUCAAUCUGGCGGAUCUCUCCACCCCUGAUGAUUUCAAAGCUGUGGUCCAGUACCUGAGGGGCUUUCUGGGUGUCGAUGAUUACUGGUUUGGGGGUAAUGACCUCCAGAUCGAGGGUCGCUUCACCUACAUAAGCUCUGGACGGUUGGUUCGCUAUUACGGCGAUCUGGGCCUGGUAGAGCCAACAUAUCGAUCCAACCUGGACGAUUGCCUGCAAGUAAGAAUCCGGGAUAACCGCACCGUUGUCCUGGACGACAAUUGCGGGGAGAAGAAGUACUUCGUGUGCGAGAAAUCGGAUCAGAAAUGCGUCUAUCCCAGUGCCGAUGCCGAGGAGGGCGAUGGCCAGCACCACAGCCACGAGCACUUGCAUCACUUCCACCACGACGCCGGCAAGGGCGAGAAGCAGAAGGAGCACGGGACCCAGCACGAGAAUGUGGAAAGCGACUCACGACCACUUGACAAUUCGAAUUCAACGGAAAUUGGCGAGUCGCAGGAGAACGAGCCGGGGGCGGCGACGGAGGUUCCUGGUGAGGGUGAGGCCACGGAGCCAGACGGCGAAGCGGCUGGUUCGGCAGCAACGAAUUCGACAGCAACGGAUGACGCAGGCUCCACGACAUCAUCGGGAGCAACCGGAGCAACCGGAGCAGCGGGAGCAGCCGGAGCGGCACCAGAUGUCACAGGGCCAGCUGCACAAGCGCCUCCUGUAACUGCAGCAUCAGCUCCAACCGAACCUACAUCACCACCCCCUUAAAAAUCUAACAAGUCGAUAAAUAUUCAUGUAGAAUGAGUGCUUUUCAUUAAAAUAAAACAUGCAAAAUGGGA